GUGGAAUCGCCUAUCUCCUCUUUUUCAGUCUCGGGGCUUCUCAAAAAAGAGCCAUACGUCUCUAUGUCCGACGGGCUAUGACAACGUCACUGCUUCUCCGCCCGCGCUGGAUUGACCCGGUCAUGUUUCUAUAUGAUAACGGUGGCGGCUUGGACGACACCGGCAAGAAUAUGGAAGGGUUCACGGGAGGUAACUUCUCGUCGAGCCCGUGCAGAAAUUUGAUGGCUCACCCUGCCUCUCUUGCUCCCAGCGCUGCUUAUCCGUCAAGCGAAGUGGCUGCCGCUGGAGCGGGUGAGCCUGGGAAGCAAUGCAGCCCCUGCGCAGCCGUCCAGGGUUCAGCCAGCGCUUCAAUUUCCUACGGAUAUUUCGGUGGCGGUGGAUACUAUCCUUGCCGAAUGUCCCACCACCACGGGGCCGGUGGAGGUGUGAAGACAUGCGCCCAGUCCCCCUCCUCUGUCUCACCUUACGGGGAAAAAUACAUGGACACGUCCGCUUCUACAGGCGACGAUUACACCACCUCACGCGCCAAAGAGUUUGCCUUCUACUCGAGCUACGCCUCGAGCCCGUAUCAGCCGGUUCCAAGCUAUCUGGAUGUCCCCGUAGUCCAGGCAAUGAGCGGGCCUGCAGAGACCCGGCAUGAGUCCUUAUUACCAAUGGAGAGUUACCAACCGUGGGCUAUCACAGCUAGUGGCUGGAACGGGCAGGUCUACUGCACCAAAGAGCAGCCACAGACGGGAAACGUCUGGAAGUCGUCUAUACCAGAGGUAGUGUCUCACGGAGGGGCAGACGGUAGUUCUUUUCGCCGCGGGAGGAAGAAACGUGUUCCAUACACCAAGGUGCAGCUGAAGGAGCUCGAAAGGGAGUAUGCCGCAAACAAGUUUAUCACCAAGGACAAACGCAGGCGGAUAUCCGCUCAGACCAACCUGUCCGAACGACAGGUUACUAUCUGGUUCCAGAACCGACGGGUAAAGGAGAAAAAAGUCGUCAACAAAUUAAAAAGCAACAGUUAGCUUUGCUCUGUGUAAAUGCAAGUGAACAAUUUUGAACAGCGAUGGUCCACACACACUCAAAGCGAUGAAAUUAUAGACGUUUUAACGAAUUGUUUUCUACCCCUUGGACUACCGCUUUGAAGUGAUCACUUUGGGCCGGGGAGGGUUGUUGGUGAUGCGGUGCGUCAUUUAUUGGCUGCAAACGGUGUAUGGCCAUAAUACCAACUCAGGACAAAGAGAGCCAAAAGAUAAGUUCGUUUGUUGAGAUUAUUUUCUGCUCACCAAAAUAUCUUGUGGAGAGAAAUACAUUGGAUAUUGAAAUUGUGAUACUGUAACUCUUUUACAGUGUGGUACGACUUUUCUUUCGCCACCUCCAGUGUCGAUUAUAACUGAAAUUAUAAUUUGCUUGAAAUCUCAUGAAAUUUCGUCUCAUGCUGGAGAAUAUGAGGCAUGGAGCCUGUCCAAGCCAUGUACAAUAUGUGGUUAUAUUUGUGCCAAAAUAAUAUACCCUUCACUUUAGACUUGUGUGUUAAAGAGUACCGUAAGUGUGUUUUGUCGUUGUAUAGUGUUGCGCAAACCCCUCCUAAUAAACCAUUCAUAAGAAAAAUAUGUAUGCGACGAAAUAAUUUACACUUCAGUAUGGCAACAUCAAACCACACGAUAAUAUUAUCAAUUAAUAUGGCAAUAAUACUAAACUAGAACAUUGAAUCGAAUUUAACAUGAGUAGCUCUUUGUAAAUGUAGUAGGCUUGCUAGCAAGUAAUUAACCUGUUUGGAUGGUGUCCAAAACUUUAUGGACAGUAAAAUAUGUGUCUUCGUGAAUAUACACUUUUUGUUCUUGUCCAUAGACUUAAACAAGAAAUGAUGCAUUUUGGAUUUGUUCUCGAGUGCCUGCGAAAACUAGGGGACUGCAUACUUCAGCCGUGUGAUAGAGCAAUUGCGCCAUCUUCUGAUGUCCAUUUGUAAGUGAAGCGGCUGGUCAUGGGCAUGUUAAUUAUUAAUA